GGCUCUGGUGAAGCUAUGGUGGUGAUAAACUAUGAAGAAGAUAUAGCCAUGUACACCAUCAAAAUAGCUGAUGACCCCGAAACAUACAAUCGAGUUUUAAUCUAUCGGCCGCAGAAGAACAUUGUAUCUCAGCUUGAACUUAUUUCCCUUUGGGAGAAGAAGACUGGAAAGACUUUUAAUAGGAUUCACGUCCCUGAGGAUGAAAUAGUGAAGCUCUCUGAAACCCUUCUACAUCCACAAAAUAUUCCAGUUUCUAUUCUUCACAGUCUGUUCGUGAAGGGUGACAUGAUGGGGUUUGAACUGGGAGAGGAUGACUUGGAGGCUUCUGGGCUAUAUCCAGACCUGGAAUUUAGAACAAUCGAUCAACUUCUUGAUAUUUUUCUCACUAGCCCUCCAGAUCCUGCAGCUGCUGCUUUUGAAUGAGUUUUAUGAUCUGUGAUUUCCAUGUCUUGAAUUCGUUUUCUUGUUUGUCGGCAGAUAUACAGACAUCUAAUCUAAAAGGUCAGGUUGUGAGGCCGAGGCCAUUAUUAUUAAUACUCGACUAAGAAGUUAAUUAAAAUCCUCCUUUUCUGAUUUGUCCA